AUGAGUUCUCUCAGGAGGAAGCUGAGUCUGACAUGGAAACGCGACAAGUCCAAGGGCAGCAACGCCAGCACGAACGAACCCGGUGACAAGUCGAUGCAGCCUGCCCAUCCUCAACUUCCAACAAGACAAGACAGCAUGCCCCCGCCGCGCAUACCGGUUUCUGCGACGGUGAACUCCCUAUCGAACAUCAAACAGUCCGACACUGCCACGUCUAAACCCAAUGGAGGAUAUCUUGAGUCCAGGCGACGAAAGAGCUCGGGAGCCAGCUUGAGCGCAUAUUCUUCUCAUGACCGAACCAAGAGCGACCCGUGGAGCAGCAAAAAGGACACACCAGAUGCGUCGACGAUGCCUACUGCUCGGCACACCUCCGUCAUGAACAAGUUCCUGAAGCCCAAGCCUUCCGCGAGCACGUUACAGAAUCCAGAUGCAUGGUACACCGAACUGGACAAGGAUGACCUGGGCGCCGAGGAUGAGAUGCGGAAGAUGGGGUCUCGCCGCAAGGAAACGGAAAUCGCUGCCCGCACCAUUGACGCACUCCGGAAGAGAGCCACGCGCAAGGAAAGAGUCGGUCCACACGAGGCGAUUCGCGUGGCGAUGCUCAAUAUUUACGAGCGCGGCGAGAUUGUGGACUACCCUGACAUAUACUUCUGUGGUACACAGGGCGCGGCCAAGGUAGUUGGCGACAUGAAGUCAGACGCGCCGAACUUUGGCUACGAUGAUGAUCGCGGCGACUACACUAUUGUCCCGGGCGAUCAUCUCUCAUUUCGCUAUGAGAUUGUCGAUAUCCUGGGCAAAGGGAGUUUUGGACAGGUUGUGCGAUGCAUAGAUCACAAGCUUGGCGUUCUGGUAGCGGUGAAGAUCAUCAGAAAUAAGAAGCGCUUCCACCAGCAGGCACUAGUCGAGGUCGACAUCUUGCAGAAACUGCGGGAAUGGGACCCUCAUAACAAGCACAGCAUGGUCAACUUUACGCAGAGCUUCUACUUCCGCGGCCAUCUCUGCAUCUCGACUGAGUUGCUGGACAUGAACCUGUACGAGUUCAUCAAGACGCAUUCGUUCCGGGGCUUUUCUCUGCGCAUCGUUCGACGUUUCACCAAGCAGAUCCUCAGCUCGCUCAUCCUUCUUAAGCAGAAACGCGUCAUUCACUGCGACUUGAAGCCCGAAAACAUCCUUUUGCGCCAUCCUCUGCAUUCGGAGAUCAAAGUGAUCGAUUUCGGAUCCAGCUGCUUCGAGAAUGAGAAGGUCUACACGUAUAUCCAAUCUCGCUUCUACCGAUCGCCCGAAGUCAUUCUGGGCAUGACAUACGGGCUGCCAAUUGACAUGUGGAGCGUGGGCUGCAUCUUGGCCGAGCUAUACACGGGCGUGCCCAUCUUUCCCGGCGAGAACGAGCAGGAGCAGCUUGCCUGCAUCAUGGAAGUAUUUGGACCACCAGAGAAACACUUGAUCGAAAAGAGCACCCGGAAGAAGCUUUUCUUUGAUUCAAUGGGCAAGCCUCGACUGACGGUCUCGUCAAAGGGUCGCCGCCGCCGCCCGUCUUCCAAGACAUUGCAGCAGGCCUUGAAGUGCGAUGAUGAGUCAUUUCUCGAUUUCCUCGCGCGAUGUCUGCGAUGGGACCCAGACCGCCGCAUGAAACCCGAGGAAGCCAUCCGGCAUGAGUUCAUCACAGGCAAGAAGACGAUAGCGCCACCGCAGAGACAACCUACGCGCGAGUCUUCGCCCGUCAAGCGGCACAACACUGUAUCUGCGCCGCGCCCGCUGCCAGAGCCACCAGCGCUAGGCAUGAAGCCAGCAGCUGGCCCUAGGACUGGCCCAAGCCCUCACAAACCGGUUGCUGGGGGCGCGAGGCGGGUCUCAGGGGCUACGGCCCCGACAACAGCCAGCAGUGCCAAGCGCACGAGCACCGGCAACAACAGCCUUGGCGCAGGCGUGGGGAGUUCAGUUAGUGGCCUUCCGAGGGCAGCAGGUCGCAGUGCUAGCGGCAAACAAGACCUUGCGGCGGCCGGGGCGACGGCUGCGAUGAGUCGACGUGUGUGA